UUUCUACAACCAACUACAACCGACAAUGCCAGCAGUGACUCUUGACGAGUCCAACGUGACGGAAGGCAGUGGAAAAUUACGAGAAAAAAGUGAUGAUGAUAACUCGCAGAUUGAGGAAAAGAAAGAAAAAGAAAUCAAAGAGCAGGCCACUCAGUUGAACGAGACAGGUGGGAAAUUUAAUUCCUUUACAUUAAUAAAUGAAAUCUUUCACCAUUCUCUUCAAAUUUAAAUUUAUUAACUUGCAAAUUGUUUGUUUAGUUUCAUGCCAUUUAAAUAUAUUUCUUACCAGUUUCUUCAACGACUCAAUAGUCAGCAAUUAAAACUACUUUGAUUCUUGUAUGUGGAUGUAUUAAUUUUGAGCAUGGUAAAAAGUACUACAAGGUUAUUCCCUAGAAGACCAAAAAAAUGGAAAAGUUCUCACUUAACCUUUUCAAGAAUUAAGUUGUGUAAUCCUGAUGGAAAUCUGUCACCUCCGUGACAUUUUAAGUGGUCAUGGUUAUUGAAUAUAUUAUAUGCUUCUGUUGAACUGAAAUAAUUAUUGUUUAUUGUUUGUUGUGUUUUGAAUGAUAGAAAAAUUAACUACAGACUGUUUUACUAAAACUGUAGUUCCUCAAUUUUUGUUAAGUUUAAUUUUUGAAUAGCAGUUGCUGCACAGACUUAUUGUCUACUUUAAGCAUUGUAAACAGAUGCAACAAUUAUGUGGGGUUUACCUCGGUGUAAAAACCUGUGAAGUUUUUCUUUGUUUUCUAUCUAUUAUUUUCCUUGGCUCCAUUGUGUUGACGUCUCAGUGGCUUCUUUGUAUUCAUUGUUUUACGUCACUCAUAAGUUUCACAAGUUUUUACACCGAGGAUCAGCCACUAUGUGACUGUGAGUGGGCUAAAUUAUUAUAAACUGAUUCCAAUACCAUUUGUUGGUAUAGGAUAUGUAUACUUUAAAAAUAGUUGGAAAUUUAGAGAAGCAUGAUAGGUCUUGAGCUGAAAUAGAGCCCUAAUGUGAAGGGUAUUCACCGAAUGCAAAUAUAGCGGACCUCUCGGCCGGAUCAGGUCUAGUUUGCACGAAAGCAAGACUAGUGAGGCCUCAAGAGUUUUGUUUUGACUGCGGGUCUUAGCGAAUGAGUCGAUCGAUAUGAUUUGCUUUGAGUUAUUGCAUGCCUGAGUGCCACCAAAGAGGAGAUUUUUCUCUUCCUUAAACUACCUUUACUUUCCUGAGAUCAUUGUGGAUGCGAAAAUUUUUCAAAAUGUUAUUGAACAGGAUUCUUGUGGUUUGUGACAAGGCUGAAAAUAGGAGUUUGCUUCCAUGUCUUUUGCUCGUCAUUUUUUGUUUUUACCCUAGGAGUUUUUAUCUUACUAUUCAAAGAAAAAUUAAUUUAUUGAUUUAUUUUUUAAUAUUCCUCUCUACUGUUGCAGAGACUCAAGAUGACAUUGAUCCUACUGGAACAGUCAAUCUGCAGUUUUUAAUUCCUGGGACGAGUGAACCAAUUUCUGCUAUGGUGGGAAUUGUGUCUGUUUUUUUUAUUCCUUAGUUUAGUUUAACAUGUUGAGAAGUUUUUUGUAAAAAUUAACACUGCCUUAUUUUUCAUUUCGUGUCUUCUUCAGUUUUCCCUUCGUGACAAUGUGCAAGAUCUGCGACAAGUCGUUCUCGAUCGACCAGAGAGCUGCCACAGAACAUGUUUCUCACUUCAGAUCGAUGGAGUAAGACUGGACGAUUUUGCAGAGCUUCACAUGAUUGAAGGCUUGAAAGAUGGAGCUGUAGUCAAAGUUGUAGAAGGUACUUUCAGAGAUCCCAACUUCUGCAAAACUUUAAUGUGCAUCCAGCUCCCCUCCCCCCUUCAAAUAAAAUCACCUUACCCCUGGUAACUGCACAUGACCUUCCCAGACUCCAAAUUGUUUUUAUCAAUGUGCAGGGUCUAAAGUAUGGGUCACAUUCCACAGGUCAAGAAUUCAUCUCACUGCUCUAUAAUAAUAACUUGGGUGCCAAACAGUUUACCCUUGAUCUAAAACAAUUUUUGAAAAGUGAUUAAGGCUAGGAGACGUUACUUGUUUGUAGCGUGGUGACCUGUACUUUGAUCCAUGGAAAUUGACCUGUAUUUUAGACCUACCAUGAUGACUUGCUUAACUUUCUGAGCAACUAGGAAUAAAAUUAUUAGGGCUGGCGGUGAUUUAAGACACCAAAUCGACCUCCACAUCUGUUUGUUUGUUCUUAUUAAGUGGGUGGACGUUUGUCUGGUCUGGCUUUGUUAAGCUGUUAAUAGUAAACAACGUUUAGAUGCAAGGGUUGGUCAACCUUAUAACGGACUUGCUAUGCAGUUUCGUUUAACAGGUUUUAAAUUCUUUUUUAAUAACCAGCCCUUUAUUUUUCAUAGAACUUAUAUGCUGGAUGCAUAAGAUUUCAUGGGUUUAGGCUCCCUACAGCAAUAAUAAAAAAUAAAUAGACUUAUUUAAUCAUGAAAUGGUCAAAACUUUCUUGUGAAACAACCCAGCAUUCCACUUGAUUUGUGAUGUAGACAUUGGAAUGUACUCAAUUUGUUUGAACAAAGGGGGAAAUUUGUUACAAAAGCUUAACACCAAGUUCUGCUGUAUACAUCAACUAUUUUCUGGACUUGGGUGAGUGGAUACUUUUUCCUUAAUAGGAAACUAGACAAUAUAUGUCAUUAAAAUUUUCUUUUUGUAGCUGAAGAAUUUGUCCCUCUUUCUUUGCAGAGCCAUAUUCAGUAAGAGAAGCCCGCAUUCAUCUGCGAAGGAUAAAAGAUCUUCUAAGUACAAACUUCCACAUAAAUGCCUAUUCUGCUGUGGACCAUCUUUCAUUGUCUUUUCUCUCUGCAGUAGCUGGGAUUGACGUAGAAGGUUAGUGGCUGUCACACUAAAAAUUGUUUUAAUUACAUGUAUUCUAUAGUUUAAGUUUGGCCAGACAUAAAGAAAAUGUAAAGUGACUAGUACAGUCUCCAGAAAUUUUUGUCCAAACCCAUUUUGUUAGUGCAUUUUUUCCUCCUGUAAGCGAAAAGACAUUGAUUAAUGUCACUGCUUCAUUGAGAAUACCUAAAUGCAUGAGCAAUAAAGAAUGCAUAGAGUAACUCAAGAAAGGACCACUACAUGUACGUUGGCUUUAGUUUGGGGGACACUAUUUAGCGAUUGGCCUGACUGUCAACUUCCAUUGUGUGACUAUUUUACAGCAGUUACCACUAACUCGCACCCUCAAAGAGUUUUUUCCUUGGUUGAAACCUGUCUUUUGGUGGACAUCAAAUCACUAAUUUUCAUGGUUUUUCCCGUGUUUGCCUAGAGGAGAUUCUUUCCCCCUUUCUCGAGCACUCGGAAGAACAUGUUCACAGUUGAGCCAUUCUUGCGAUAUUAAUGUGAUAGGAUCUGACACCCUUUAAUGUCAAGAUUAAGAGGAAUAGGCCAGAAUUUAAGUGUCUGUCAGAGGAAGCUUUAUCCACUCAUUUACACACUGUAAGUUACAACCACAUAACCUUUGUCAAUACAUGCUGCGUGACAUUCCAUUUAAUAAAAACAAUAAAGAAUGAUAAAUAGAUCUGCAUGCAGCUUAGGAAAUUCAUAAUUUUUUGAAAAAAAGCUCCCAUUCAGAGGAAAAUUUUUUCCCUUCUUGGUGUGAUACCUUUGUUCUUUUGUUUCCUUGAAUUUAUACUCCUUGGCAAUUUGCCCUCAGCUCCUGUCUCUUCAUACAAUCAAAUGAAUAAAAAACCUGAAAACCUUUACGCAAACUAUAAGAGUGUUUUGGCUAUAAUUUCACUUGGCACACAAGGACCACAUUGGUUUGACAUUGUAAUCCUUCACAUCAAUGAAACAGAAGCAAGGGUUAUAUGCUUCUGAUGAAAUAAUUGGAAAUGCUUUCAUCAUUAGAAACUUCUUGUAAGUCUUUGCUCUGAGUGCUCUUUAAUGAUAAGAGAACCUUCUCUGUCAGAGCACUUGAAAAAACCAUGGAAACAGUUGACAUCCAUGAAUUCAAUAGAGAGAAAAAAAAACCUUUGAGGGUGCAUGGUAUUGACAACUGCUGAAAAGCCUCACUUCCCUGGCACUUCGAACUGAAGCCUACACCAACAACAACACAACACAACAAUGCCCUGCAGUGGCAGCACAUCUAGGCCAGCGAUGCAUGACUUCUGAGGAGUUUGCUUGUUGCAACGUGUCCAACAUGUCCUUGGUUUAAAUUUUAUUAAUUUUUCUUUUUUUCCAAAGCCAUUAACAUACACUACCAUACCCAAACACAAAAGAAAAUAAAAUUUAAACCAAGGGUGUAAUAAUUAUUACUCAACAACAACAGAUACAAAAAUAUGUACAUACAUAUAUUGCCGCAUGCACACUCAGUGUUCUCCCUAAAUUUUAGCUCAACAGGUAAGGGACCAUUCAUAGCCUGUACAACAAAAAAUAUGCACCAGUGGUGCACAGUCCUGGGGGCAGGGGGUUAGUUGAGUGCGAGACAUGGCCUCACCCUUGCUGGGAAAUUUAGGAGCUAAGUUCUCUGAAAUGUCAUUCCUAAUUUAAAACUAUUGAUUCCAAAAUUUUUACUCUGUCUUCAAUGUUCUCUUUCCAAAAUGCAUGGCCCAUGCAGGCGGUAAGAAGUGUUGUUGCUUUAAGUGGUAAAUUUUACCGGUUACCCCCUGAUGAGGAGAACACUGACACUGCUGUGUGACUGUAUAUACUGUACUAUACACACAUGUGCUAAUGACUCAAGCUAGAUCUGGUAGCUACUAAACAGUAUGAAGCAUCCCCCCUUUUUUGUUAACUAAUAGUUAAAUUGCAUUGAACUUCAUUUGGAGAUGUAAUUUUUUAUACAGAGGAAGUUGCACGAGUCAAAGGGCAGAAUGUUGGAACAGUAUCUACUGAAGAGUGUCUUCCCCCUGCACAAGUUUUUGCAACAGAUGAAAUACCAACUUUAUUAGAACCACUCUUUCCAGCAAAUGCAGAACCAAAGGUGUGUCGAUCUGUUUGUUUCAUUCGUUAUCGUAGAAAAAAGGCUCCUCCUGAUACUGGUAAAGAGUCUCCGCUUUUAAACCUGCAUGGAUACAUACAAUAUGGUUCUUGUUCAUCAACAGCAAGAGUCCACUGGGGUUACUGGAUUUCAGGUCGUGGAUUACCACAUUCUAAAUUCUAAAAGAAAAUGACAUAAGUGUAUCCAAAUUGAUUUUUUUGCAGAGGUUCUCAUAGUUAUGUGUACUAUAAAUAAAAAUUAAAAAAUUAAGGUUAUGGCACUAAAAUAAGCCAUGACCCAGGACAAGCCUCCUAUGUUCAUGUAAUGUACGUUGUUCUUGAAGUCAUGACCUGAGACAAGCAGGCUACAUAACAUUAUAAAAUUAAUAUUUUAAGGCAAUGUUCACACUAUAAUGGAUAGCUUUUGCGCCACCAUGGAAAUCAUACCUGUUAGGGCCUCUGUUCACACACAUGUAUGGUUGCGGCAGCACAAUUUCUGUGGUGGAGUGAAACAAUGUGAUCAAUCUUGAAAGUGGAGCAUCACAUGUUGGUCAUCAGAUAGGUUUUGUGUAUACUUUGGUGCAGAGGGGACUGGAGCCCUCUAAGAUGAAAGUAAAUAUUCAGGAGUGAGAACAGUAUAAAGUAAACCGUCUUGGCCAACAACUGCACUAGCAUGAUGUUUGAUGUGUGCGAAUGACUUGUGCCACCCCAGGCCAUUGCUGUCCAUACCAUACCAGAUAACUCUUCUUGGUGCCUCAAAACGCUUUCUGGUAUAUAGUGUGAUCUUUAGCCAAUUUCUUCCACAAAUAGGGACGAGGAAGUCCAGUGGUAUCUAUUUGUGUUUCCAACAAAUCUAGUCCUGUUUAUUGGACAAACCGUCCAUCUUGCAGCCCCUUAUUAUUUUCAGCAGUAAACAGUACCAGUAAAUUAUCUCCGAGUGAUCUAAUGAUAAGAUUGUAUUAUAAUACAUGGAUUAUAGAGUUUUGAAUGGAACCAUUUUUGGCUUUCAGGUUCCACAAUGUGUGAAGGAACUGUCUCCCAGUGCAUGGAAUCCUCCUCCCGGAGGAAGACGUCUUGCAGGUUUGAGAACAUUUAAUUUUUUGUAUUCAUAUUUUUGUUCUUGUGUCACUGUAGAUAGGUAGGUAGUAAAGGUGCCCAUAGGCCUUGAGGCCAACAUUUCUAGAGCUUAUCCCAGUUUGUGGAGCAUGUUAAAGUAUGACUGCUCUUCACUGUAUGGGAUGACAGUCCAUCACAUGGUCAUAAUCCUGGCUGUUAAGCAGAACAUGUUUGCUGCAGGAAGCCGGAUCUAUAUGACUGGGUGAAAAACAACAGAGUGGAGCAUUUUUUUUGGUUUUAGGAUCAAAGAAGGCACUGGCAAGACUUAAAUCCAGGCCACAGUUUUUCUUGUGAUGGAUGAUGUUCACUGAAUAAAUCAAUUGCAUCCAGUGCAUAACACAAUGGGUUUCCCUGACAGUCAUCCAAUGCAUAGCGAUUUAUUCAGUGGACAGCAUUAUCCAGGGUUUUCAUUAAGAAUCCUAGUAGCAGGAGAAAGGUCUAACGUUACCAGAGAAUAUUUUGAAUGAGGUUCCACAUCUGAAUAAAAAAUAGUCAUAAAGCUACCGAACGUUAGGCGGAGAAUUCUGCAUAGUAAAUGGAGAAUUCUCUGAUCUCUGAUGCCUAAUGAACACCCUGAUUAUGCAACAUUUGAACAACUUAUUGGCCUCAUCGACAUACAGUUCAUCAUCCAUGGCUGGAAGAUGUUAGCUUCUUGGCAACCAAAGCUCACUCUUUUAAAGUUUUUGAUACCGGUCCCUCAUAUUGCCAGCAUCUAAGCAAAAUCUGGUUAAGAAAAGUAAUUAUCGGUCGCAUAUAAAGAGUUAAAGUCUGUCAGGAUUGGCUUCGUUGGUACACCAACAUGGCUGCCUGUUGAUUGUUUUGGAACAACAAUAUUGCUGCUGUAAAUAUCACUUUGAAAAAUAAUGCCCCAAUUUCACUGCUCACUUGCUCACCUAAUCAUGAGUAACUACGGACAUUAUUUUGGUGUUACAUGCAGAAUGCCAAUAUCACUCACUGUACAUAGAUUGCUGUAGUAUAAUAUUGAAGUACUGGCUUAGCUUUAUUUUUCACUAACUCUUGAUGUUUAACUUUUCUUUAGGUGACCUCCUCUAUAUUGAUGUUGUAACAUUAGAGGAUGUCCACGUGAAUGUCACUGCCUCAACAUCUGGAUUUUUUAUUAACAAGUAAGUUUAGUAAGAUCAACUGACGUGAUACAUAUCACUUUGACUGACCAUCACACAGGCUGUCAAAAUGUCAGUCACUGUCAACAACAAAAGUCCUAUUCAGGACUGCUUUCACGCGGACAAUCAUAUUCUAUAUACCUACCGUUUAUAAGUUUAGUCAGUUAUUAUUUGCUGUUAGCAGCCUUCUUUAAAAAUUGGCCAUAUUUUGUGCUAGAUUGAGUGUUAUUGAUCAGUACUUGGCUAUUUUCAGAACUCAUGAUGGAAUAUUCAAUCCCCAACCUCACAGUGAACCAUGCCGUUCCCACUCCCUUGUAGGAUUGUUAAACCAGGUAAGCAAAUAUCAUUGAAGAACUCAGUGACAAAGGGGCCCAUUAGUGCUAGGGUAGAUUGCCAUAAUACGCGAGACCUUGAAACAGAGACAUACGUGGUAACAUAUGACAUGAAAUUUUGCUUGUAACUGACUUUAAUUAAGGCAUCCGGAAGACAAUACCAAAAUACUAACAUAAGCAUUGCUUUCUCCUCAGUGUGUAAAAUGAACAGUUUUGAAACUGAGACAAAAGAUUAGCGUGAUCAGAAAACAGCCGACAUUAGUCUGAGAAGGGGCUGCAGAAAUUCCAUACUGAUGACAUGGUUAUCAAUACCCAGAUCUAGGUAUCCAUACAGAUGACAUGGUUGGGGGGGUCGCUACCCAGAUCCAGGUAAUGCUUCUGAUUGGUUGAAGCAAAUUUUCCUUGCAGCAAGACCAGUCAAAAUAUUACUACCCAGAUCUGGGUAGUGCACAUCAUCAGUAUGGAAUAAUGUGUUUGUUCCUCACACAUUAUUAGCGGGGGAACCACUGGUGGUGUCACAAAAUGUCAUCUGUUUUCUUUGGCUAACAAGAGAUAUGCAUACCUACAGUACUUCCUCAAAAGCCUCCAGAGAGGGCUUAUCUUCCUUGCAAGCUCCCCUUGAUAACUCUCCAGGCAGUUAACUUUUAGUGGGUCAAAUUCGCUCCAAAAAACGUUUUACUAAGAACUUUGAGCAAUUAUUUUUGUAUCAGUAACUUGAUAACUAGAGGACACCCUUUAAUUUUGUAAGCACCAAGACAGUUACUGUCUUUAUCCUUGAAGAUAUAAAGAGAACUGCGGCAUGCAUUGUACAAUGUAUGGCUUCAACUUUUGACAAUGUAUGUAUGCUUUCUUUCCAGCUCAGUCCAAUGUUCAGGAAAAACUUCACUCAACUGCAGAAGACAAGGUUUGGCUACAUAUUGUAAUAUUAUCUGUACCUUAAUCUUGAUGUUUUAGCAAAAUGGAGAAUGGUUGUAUUUUAGAGUUGAUCUUACUUUGUGAUGGGCCUGUUCAAAAUACAAUCUUAAUAAUGCUGAUUGUUUCUUUCAGUUUAAAAAGACACCCACUUGAAGUUAUUCCAACUCCUUAUCAAGGUAUGUCAAUCUUAAGAUUAGAAUUUUUUUUCCUGGCACAUGUUUACUUGUUACUUAAUAGAUGGUUUGCAGGGCUGUGAAAUAGAACUAGUAGUCCAAAAUUCAAAUUCCCAGUGGUUGUUCCCAUCUUGUUGAUCCCUGUUCACUAUUUGGCCCUCUAAGGGUUGACAUUGAUGAUGAUGGUUAUUUGUAUUGCGUGGGUCUGAAAAUGAUGUUUUCCCAUUAAAAAAUUGUUUGGAAAUAUAAUUUUGGGAGGUACUGUAGUUCAUAUUUACAUGUAGCUGCACGUACAUUGUGACAUGUAACUAAAGUAAAUUUCACUGCAGUUAUCUCUUGUUCUUGCUUUUUAGUAUUUCCAUGGGCUGUUCCUCAAGCAGAACACACUAUUGACACUUUAAGGGCAGAAGAUGGUAGGUGUUUCAUCAUAAAUUACUGAAAAUAAAGGUUGUUCUGUUAAACCUGUGACCUUCUGGAUACUAGUGCUGUGUGCUGUCCCACAGAGCUACAGGAGACUAGUAUGUACUAGGACUGGAAUGUCCAUAGAUGGCAUAUUAUACUUGCAGUGAUAUGAGAUAGUAAAUCAUAUGAUUGAUGAUCGUACAUACGAUUGUCAUAUAUGAGAUUGACAUUUUUCUGUCAGUGACACAUACAUUAAUUUUGUAAAGGCUACUCAGAAACAAUCUCAAUAGGAGUUGACCCCAUGACCUUUUUUUAGUCGAAAUUUUCUAGGUAUUUCCUGCAUACAUGUAUGUAGUGCCAGAAUUUCAAAAUUAAUUAUUUAUUAUUAUAACAUGAUUAAACAGUUGUGUAUUUCACACAAAGGCUUAACUUAUUUCAGUGGUGAUGUUGUGAUGUGAUAGUUGUAGGUUACACUAAUGGAAAUUUUUCAAUUUAAUUUUUUUCAGCUGCUGCAAUUAGAAUUGGAUAUGAAGAACACAUGCCGGGACAGGUUAGAGAAUUUUUUUGCCUGAAAUUGCAACAUUCUUAGCGAAGAAAGAGUUACUUGAUCCUGUCAUAGUGAUAUUUAGAGUAAAUGAGGUCAAAUCCCAGAAAAGAAAACUUAUUAGCAUGCACAAGCUUUUGAUUCCUUCACGGGAUCUUUAUUCUACAUUCUUUAGAUCCAGUCACACAAUGUUCUUUCUGUUUUGAUUAAGGAGUGUACUGAUGAUCUUCCUGGAUAGUUGAGCACUGUAUGUGUGAAUUUAUUGAUAUUUUUUUGUUGUAGUUACGUGAUUGGAAUGAAGAGCUACAGUCGGCAAGGGAGUUGCCAAAGGAUACAAUGCAACAGCGACUUCUGAGAGACAGAGCUAUCUUUAAGGUAUAUUCAGUAAAUGAAUCAACUGGCCAGUCUUAUUAUAAUUAUUAUUAACAGGGGUUUCAAUAAGUUUCUGCACAAGUGGGUACUUAAGAGUAACAGGCGGGUAUAUUUGCCGAAGGCCCGAAAAUUUUGAAGUUCUAGACUCUCGCAGAUGCAUUUUCAGGUCUUUUUUUGUUGCUUUGUUGUUUCAUUUUUUUGCUCCUAAGUCAACUAAUUUAAACAAAUUUGAAGAGAAUUAUGUUACAAUGAAGUAGUCACAGUCAAAACCUAUUUUGCUAAAUUUUUUGGCAAGAAUUCGAAGCUGAGAUGAAAUUAUCUGGUCUUAGUUGACGUUCAUGUGAAGGCUCCAAGCGGGUAAUCGGCCCGUUGCAAGCGGGUAGAUCUACCCGCUACCCGGCUACUAUUGAAACCCCUGAUUAAUAUCUAAAUAGUUUAGUGAGUGAGUGAGUCAGUCAGUCAGUCAGUGAGUCAAUGUUGGUCUACUCAUGAUAUUGAACUAGAGAGUCAUUUCUUGUCUCACCCUACAGGUAAAUCAUCAGUUUGUUUAAGAUUUCAUGCCAGGUUUUGUUUGUUAUCAGAUCACAAGUGAUUUUGUGGCAGCUGCGACCAGAGGGGCUGUUGCUGUUGUAGAUGGAAAUGUAAUGGCUAUCAAUCCGGGAGAAGAUGAAAAGUAACAAAAGUCACUUUAAUAUUGUCCUUAUGCUUUCAUGUUGUUGUUUAAUAUUAUUUCACUGAGUGAUUCUCAUUUGUACCACUUUUGCAGGAAGAGAAUGUUUAUAUGGAACAAUAUUUUCUUCAGUUUUGCAUUUGAUAGCAGAGACCACUUCCAAGAACUGGGAGGUAAAGUGACCUGUAUUUUCCUCUUUUUAAACUAAAACGUUGUGCCUUUAAGCCGUAGGAGUGGUCAUAAUAGUAAUUUCUCCUUCAUCAUAUCAGUGUUUUAUGAGAUGGCGAUAACUUGAAUAAUAGCUAUGAUCUGUGAAUAAGUAUUUAAAUUUUGAUAUUAAUGUUUGAAGGGUUAAAGAUGUUCAUACCACUUUAAUUGAUGUGGUUUAUAGCCAACUUUAGCAUUACUUGGUUUUUGGAUAUGAAUGUAAAAAGAACAACAACAAAACAAAACAAAAAUAGCAUUUUUAUUCACAACAAAGAAAUAUAAUACAUACAUGUUACAGGUCAAAAUAAAAUUUAGCUUAAAAUUUUUUAACCGAGGCUGAUUCUCAAUUUCCUUUGUCAAUCUAGGUUAGGUCAAAAAAUUUUAACCUGAAUUUAAUUUUGACCUGUAACAUACACACUGCCUACAUUUAGCAAAAGCUUUUCGAAGCAGGCAGUGUGGAGAAUCAACAUGAAUGCACUGAUCAUUUUAUCCACAAAUAAAAACAUUUGGCCACAAAAUUACGAUAUAUAAGUACAACAAAAUAAAAGAGAUUUACAAUGCCUUGACUUGAUUGGUUACUUUUUCUGAGAGAUUUGAUGCUUUCCAGACCAUGCCUCUUUAGCCAUGCGUCAUUAGCCAAAUUUAACAAAAGUAAAUUCCAGGGAUGAGCACUAAAAUACAUAUCCACCGUGCAUGCACACAUGUGCACACAAACAAGUUUACAGUAGUUUUGUCCUUUGAAAGUACUUACAGACCUUGUAGUGAUGUUAUACUUAUUUCUUCCCAGGUGAUGAUGCUGCUUAUGCUGCUGCUGUAAGUUUGGACUGUUACAAUGGGUUUUGAGAUAGUAGUAAAAGUUAUGAUAAAUACUUAAAAUGAAGUCUUUCAGUGUAUCCUUCAGUGUAUCCUCCUGUUAAAGUGAUAAUGCAGCAAAAACUCAUGUGUGAUAAAGAAGCCAAUGGUAGAAAUGUUUGAGAAGCUUUGUAAUCCUUUCAUGAUGUUCUGUAGUGAAUGGAGAGAAGCUACUGUACUGUUAUUGUCUGUUAAAUGUUAUUAUGAACCUAACAUAACUGCAAAGAAAGCUAAUUUGGUGAUUGAUCUUUAUGACAGGGUGGAGAUCUAAAAGGUGUGAUGGCCUACAAUAGAUUAGAUACACAGGUGGGUUAUUUCUUGGCCAUAUAAAAAAGUUAUAAAUUAAUUAAUAAUAAAAUAGUAAAUAGAAGAGGUGCCUGGAAUAAAACCCAAGUGAUAGCAGAUCAACUGCUAGAUUCUCCUGCUAUUUUCUCUGUGUUUGCUCAUAAUCAGAGAGAGAAUUUGACAUUAGAUUUGGAGUCACUCGAAUCAGUAACUGUUAAAUUAAUAUGUACAUGGGGAGCAGCACUCUCCUUUAGAUAUCUUCUUCAAAGAAAGUUGAGUUGACCUAAGGCUAGCUAACACAUUGAAAUUCCCUUUGCAGAGUCUGUACACUCUAAGUACAGUUAUUGUGGACUACAGAGGUUAUAGAGUGAUUGCUCAGUCAAUUAUACCAGGUAGGAAAGUGCUCACUUCUUACAAUAAUAAGGCUGUUGUGUUCUAAUUAAUUGAUCUUUGUGGUGAACACUUCCAGGAUUUUAAGUUUUUGCCCUAUUCAUGGCAAUAAGAUUAACCUGAGUUAAACUUUCAAGUUUUGCUUUGUACAAUACCAAUUUACAGAAUACAGAAUCCAAAACACAUCCCAGAAUCUGGUUUCUGAAAUGUUUUUUGGGAUUCUGGGAAGUGUUUUCAUAUUCUUGGAAGUGUUUUUGGAAUCUGGGGGUGUGUUUGGAUUCUGGGAAGUGUUUUGCCACCAUAAAACUGUCAUGUUUGUUCCUUGUUAAUUGAAAGGAUUUGUCUGGAAAAUUAACAGCUUUCCACUGAAAUAUUUUGGCUGACUUACUCGGCUUUUGAAAUGAUCAGACUUGCUUUAUGUUAUUUAAAAUAUGUUAUUAUCAACUUUUCAUGUCAUCCAGUCAGUUCCUUUCCAAUUAGGUUAUAGAUACACCUAUAAUUUUUCAUAUAAUUUUGUUGUUGUUUUUCUUUAGGAAUACUUCAGCGUGAACAGGAGCAGUCUGUUGUAUAUGGUUCUGUUGACUCAGGCAAAAGCAUUUCAAGCCAUGACAAAUUCUUGGAGCUGGUAAUUAAGGAAAUACUUUUGAUUACAGUCUCCAGCAAAAUGAGUUGCAUUUUCAUGGUUGUUUAAUCUACCUUCAGCAACACUUCUCUGUUGAUUGUUCAUAAAAGUAAAAUUUGUUGUAAAAAAGAAAGUGUUGUAUAGAGGAUAUUACAUGGCCGCGCGGAGAUACACCAAUGAAAUACCAAACCGUUUCACUUUAAGAGUUUUUUGGUGUGAAAGGUGCGAUUUAUUAUGUAGCCAUAGCAACGGUGAUAUUUUCACGUGUGAAGAUAACAUGUUAUUUUCACUAGUGAAAAUAUCAAGUUUUCGCACGAAAGCUCACCUGGUAUUUCAUUGGUGUUUAUAUAAUAAAACUGAUUAUGAUGUGGUUCAUGCGAGAUAAAGACUUGUACAUAUUUAAUACAGCAUCUAAGAUACAUAGAGUUCCAACUGAUUCGUCUGUAUUUUAUUCCUUUUUCUGUGAGUCAAUAUUGCACAGUAUUACAUCUGCUUUUUAGAAUGCUCUUGACUACCUGACAAUUAACUAACAAUUUUGUUAUCAUUAUUUUUAUAUUCUAGCUCAGUAAAGCGGGCAAGUCUAUCAGAAUAAGGCCACACAAGUGAGUGUUAAAUUCAUUCAUUCAUUCAGGCGGACUCAGCUGAGCUAGUCACCUGGCUACCCAGUCCAUUUUGUUUUCCACACAGGCUGAGAGUUUGCUGGUGGAUGCUGCUCAAGUGUCCCUCAUCAGGGUGUUUAAUAAUACAGUAAUAAUAUAGAUUAGACCACAAGUAUGAAGCUGAUUACCAGUAUAUGUUUUAAUCACUGGCCGCUCAAAUAGUACACCUUACAGAGGCUAUGAAGGUCUUUUUCAUGUGAUGGUAGCAACACUAAAGGCUUCUGAUUUGAAAUUCCAAAGUUGUAUUCGUACAUGAUACCAACACUUAGUAGUUUGAUCUAAGUGUCACUUUUAUCUUUUCUUCUGAUGUGAUGUGGUCUAUUUUCAGGGUUAUAAAUUCCAGUGAUGAAGAAGUUGAUUUGUGUUCUUCGGUGGAAUGCAAGGUAAACUUUGAAGGUUUUAUUCCUCAGUGUGAAACAUUAAGAACAUUAUUUAGAUACUGGUUCUUUUUAUUUUUAAGGGAAUCAUUGGAGCUGAUGGAAGACACUACAUUCUGGAUCUCUUCAGAACUUUUCCUCCGGAUGCAAAUUUUCUUGGAGGUACAAGAAAGCUACUUCAGUUUAAUUAUUUACAAUAACUUUUAUUAUCUCUAUAGUUUAAAGUAGCCUGCUAGCAAAAUCUCAGAAAUUUGUCUUUAAUAGUAAUGGUUAUUAUCCACACUUGAUUGUCUCACAUUGACUAAACUAUCAUUAAAUUCACAGAAAACAAACAAGCAUCUGAUAAUGUUGAUGAUAAAGAGACUAAGUCAAUGUUUCCUCGGCCUUAUAAACACAAGCUUUGCUGCUUAAGACCUGAGCUGAUUGAAGGAUUUAUAGCGUAAGUGUUGGAAGUUUGUGCUGUUAAUUUUUUCCCUUGCUGUGAUGGCUGAACUUCUAUUUGUUAUCCCAGUGUAUUGUUUUAAACCUCUUGAAAACAGCUUUGACUUUUCUUGAAUAGAUGGUAAUUGGAUCUACUUUAUCCUAGAUUCCGCUAUGUACUUUUCUUGAAACUGGUUGCCAUGCAUGUGUCAGCUGCCAAACAGAGAGAAAUGCAGGUUUGUGGAAGAGAAAAAAAAAUGUCAAAUUUGUCUUUAAAAGCAACUUUGUACUCUUUCUUGAUAUUUCGUAUUUUUCAGUCCUGUUACAAGUGUAUCUCAAAUAUAACUCCCUUCCUGUUUUUUCUCCCUUAAUUUUUAAAUUUUCUAUUGCAUGGUGAAAGAGUGGUGCUCAUUGCAGUAUUGAAUAUAUUACAGAGCUUAAGCAACUAUGUUUGUGAGUGAUGCAUGUCAACCAGAAGUAGCCUUUUUGCAAAGGGUGUGAUUUUGACCACAUUUUCAAGCAAAUUGUCUCCAUAAGAGAAAAGGCACUGAAGAAUACAAUUUUUGUAGGUUAAAGGCAUACUAAAAGGGAAAAUGCUUCACUUCCUGUUGACGUGUGUCGCUCAAAAAGUUGUUGCUUAAGCUCCUUAUUAUGACAACUGAAAAGAUAAGCGGGUAACUACACUUGAUGCUGGCGGUUACAUGCAUGUACAUGUCUUUUUUGGCCACUUGUAACAUGACUAGUUGUAGCUUGCUUACAUUCUGUAACUGACCUAAACAAUUGUUAUUAUUGAGAUGUUGCUCACAAAAGAUCAACCCAUAUUUUAUGACUCAACUCUGAAGUUGUGUCAUUGGACUUGUUUGGAAGCCAAGUAAAGAUUGUUGUAAUUAAUGAAUUUUUGUAUCAGAACAAAAAUGAAGAAAAGCCAGUCGAUGAAGCCAAUGGUGAGCAGCAGUCAGAAUGUCCGUACAAAAACCGACUUAAUAGUAGUGAUAAGGAUAGCAAUGAGAAUACAAAGUUGGAAGAAGCUGUUAAAGAAGCUGAAGAAAGUCAAGACAAUCACACAGAGUCAUCUGCUGCAAAUGCUACAGGUGAAAUUUAAAACUUGCAAAUAAUAAAUUAUUGUGUCAGACUGUUACAAUAAAUAGCUGUGAUCAGGGUGGAAACAAGGAAUACUGGGACAGUGGUCCCCAAACAAACAGAUUUAAACAGUGUUUUUUUUUCCGUUUUAUUGUUCCAGAUUCAAGUGACAUUUCUGCAGAUGCAAUCAAGUCAGCAGCUAAAGCUGUUGGAUCAAUCAAUGAUGCAGGUUGUUUGCCAAAGUCAUUUUUUUUUUGUGCAGAUUGGCUCUCUCUUUAUUUCUUCUCCGCCUUCUCCAGUCAAUUCAAGUCAAUUAUAUUUAGGCAAGGUAGCUCUAUCAGCCAUUGGCUGGAAUUCAAAAGGGGUCCUGCAUAAAUUAUGACUAGAUGAUAAAAAAAAAUAAAAUUAAAAAUAUGUAUAAUUAAUGUAAAAAAUUUUGUACAAGGACUUCUUAAUCCACGGAGUUGUUGUUUAACAAUUUUUUGAAUCAGAACGUGCAAAAAAAUAAAUUUCAGUAUUAAGAAGUCUAAGAUAGCAAAAUAAUGUACAUAUAAACUAAGGGAGUUAAACAUCAAGAAAACUCAUUCAUUGUGUUCCUAAUUAUAUAAUGACUCUAGUUUGUCUUGAUGGUGUUAAAUGCCAUGUUGCUUCUGGCUUUUUUUGUACACGAAAAAACCAUCAUUGUACAGAAAGAAGCAUGUAUAAAAGGUAUAGUUUUUGACUGCAUGUAACUGACAGUUCAGAAAAACAGCCAUUUUAUCUAUUGAGGGCUACAUUUAUUUAAUCACGGUUUCAAUUUUUAUCUCAAAACAAGACUGCAAGCUUAAAUUGCCUCCCUAACAAUACUGUUUUUAUUUCAGAAUUUGACAUCAGAUUUAACCCCGAUAUAUAUGCUCCUGGUAUAAAGCAUGCAUCUUCUGAGGUGAGACCAAACUUACAUUCACUUUUUGUCCAUUAACGUUCUAACACAACAUAAAGACAUGUUUCGGCCAAUAAUAAAAUUUUUAUUAGUGUAAAUUUACAAGUAGCUACUAACUGUUUUUACAUUCUGAAAAUUAUAGCCACUGACAUAUUUUGUUUACACGUGUAAACGUUUUAUUGAGUUUACCAUGGAAUCACCUCAUUAGUUAGUCUCAAUAACCCUGGAUAAAAUGUUAGCCAUAGAAGACAGAAAAUGCUGCUAAAUAAUAAUUGAUUGUGUUUUUAAACUUUAUCUCUAGGAAGGAGCUCUGUCCUCUGACAAAUUACUGGUACAAGAUGCAUCUGACUUUUUAGUUGAAACUGUAAUUAUAAAAAUGGUAAGGAUUGUUUGUAAAUAGUAUUUAUUCCUUUAACUUACAGUUCUUUUAGUGAUGUCAUGAUGUUGUUUUCGGAUUUGUUUUUAAAUAGAGAGAUUAAGUUUGAGGGUUAACCAAACUAGUGUAAAAUUAAGGCAAAAAAGGCCUACAACAAGGUCUGAAAUAAAAGAGAGUUCAAAUCCUGUGCAAUUUUUAUUAAUUUUGUCAGGUUGAGGAUUUUAUCAGUUUAUCUCAGACACCGCUUGAUGGUUCACAGUUAACAGACAUCAUGCAUAACAGGUAAUGCUUAAGACCCUUCUUUUUUUGACUGUAAAAGCUCUGUUCAAAAAAAUUAUGCCAUUUUGAUUGGUCGCCAUAAGAUUUCACCCACAGACUAGCGAUUUGGAACAACUUUCUUGGGGUUAAAGGGCUUUAUUUGAAGAGAGGGUAUUUUUUACAAAUCUGCUUGUAACAGAAAUAAGAAUUAAUAACACUGUUUCCUUUCACUGCUCAACAAUAGCAGUGCUGUCAACACUUUCGGAUAGUCCGUGAGACUCCAGAUUUUAGAUUUCUCCAGAUUUUUUUUAUCUCCUGGUCUCCAGAUUAGAGUCUGAAAUCUAGCUCCCAGACAAUCGCCAAAGUUUGCCUUUUCUUGUAGACUCGACUUUCCAACAAUGAAAUUAAAUUCGAACAUUUCCUCAUAAACUCUGGUAUAUUACAUUUUUGAUAUAAGCAAUAAUGUGAUUGGUGGGAAGUAAACCAGUCAGGUCAAAUGCUGCAAUGCCGGCAACAUCUUUUUCGUGCACUUUGUGUCAUGGCAACCAUUUGUGAUGAUCAGAGUCAAUGAGUAUUUUUGUACAAAAUAAAUGACGUCAUGUGCUGUGCAUCAUGACUCAAGAUUUUAAGAUGUGGGGGGUUGAUAGGCCUUUAACGGUUUAAUUUCUUCUUGUGCACGUGAUUAUUACUUAACUUAUGAUUGUGUGGAUGCCUUUAGAGACAAACAAAUGUAGAAUUACCUUGUUCAGUAAAUAAACAUUUCUGCAGAAGAAUAAAGCAUCAUUACUUUGUUUGAGAUCUGAUCCUCAAAUAUUAAACUUUGAAACAACUCACUCAAUUAAUUGAAGGGAUUCUGUUCAUUAAUACACAGGAAAAAACAACAGAUUCCCAUUUUUGGAUAUUUUAGGGUAUUUAAAGAAUACCCACAAAAAUCCCAAAUUUGGAAGAGUGAGACAAGUCCCAAUCAGGGAACUUGGUUGGGAAUUCCCUGGUUGGGACUUGUCUCACUUUGUCAAAUUUGGGAUUUUGAUGGGUAUUCUUUAAAUACCCUAAAAUAUUCAAAAAUGGGAAUCUGUUAUUUUUUCCUGAGAUAGCUACAAUUUCUGUGAAUACAUAGUAAAUACGGACUUUUUAUGUUGUUUUUAGGGGCAUUAACAUGAGGUAUUUAGGAAAAGUUGCAUCAAUUUUGUCCCUACGGGCAGAUUUAGAACAUGUACAUGUGAGUAUCAUCUUAUGAUGACAUCUACAGGUUGAAUGGGCCGUUUCUGAGUUGCCUUCAUCCUCUUUUUCAAAGCGACACCAAUGGCAAAGCUGUUGAUAUGAAAAUGAUUUGUUAUUCUCAUACAAAUGAAACCAUUUUCACAAGAAAGGUUUUGCACCUUGCCUCAUUUUGAAAGUGAGUUUUUGGAACUCGAAAGUGGCCUACUGGGAAGACUGAACUGUCAUGAAAUUUCUUAUCGUGGAAGAUUUGUCAUGUUUUUAGAUCUGAUUACAACAGUGCAAUAGGUCAUGCAUUUCGAUUUUUUCUUCAGAAAAUUGCUGUUAUGGAGAUGAUUAUUAGGACUGUCAAGCAGUUAUUCAAAGUUCAUAUGCAGAGUGGUGAGUGACACAAAGCUUAUUUUUUGGGCCAUUACCUACAAUCGGCAACAAAAUUAGUUGAGACACGUAAAGUGUACUUUGCCCUAAAGGGCCUUUCUUAGGUUUUACCGACUUCAAAAGGAGAAGAUAAAGCUUUCCCUUCCCCAUUCCCUGGGUGCAAUAUUGUGCUGCUGUUCAAGCUUUCUAUAGAAACCGACAAACACCUUAACUUUUAAUAGAGGGAAGGGGGGAGGGCUGUGGAUUAUUUUGUUCUCUGAAGUUGAGUACAAUGUCUCAACAAUGUCGUCUCCGACUGAAGCUUUUCUGUUAAAAUGAAACUAGUGGGAAAAAAUUGUACAUGAUGACACCAUUUGAAUACAAACAUCAGAAUCAUUCAGUCUUGUUGCCUUCUGGAUCGAAUUUUGGGUAUUCUAUGUAUGUCUCGUAAUCUCAGUGGGACUGAUAAAUUGCGAUAAGAAAGCAAAAGUGAAUUGAAUUCUGGUAAGUGAAAUGAAAUGAAUGAUGCCAUCAUGAAAAUGGCUGCCUAUUAAAUUUCCCAUGCAACCUAUUUAUCAUGGAACAUUUUAAAGUGUUUUUUGAUUAAAAUAAUGCUUUCCCAAAGGCCUCCUUUAGCGAAGCUAAGCUAAUUUUUGUUUUGAUGUUUAUUCUUUGUCUCACUUCAGCUACUUUGAGGACACUUUCAGUUGCCAUUAGUCACUUCUUGAAUUGCUUUCUGGUGAGUUUAAUUGCAGAUUAUGGCCAGUUUAUGGUUAUCAUGUUGAAAGAAAAUUCAUGGAUCUAUAGCUUUGAAAUGAUAAAAAAAUUGUACCAUCACUUGAUCUCAUUUUUAUAACAACUUGAAACAUUUUUUUAUUGCAGAGUUUGUAUCCAAGUCCUUUGCCUCAUCUUCCAGCAGAAGAGGUACAUUUUACAGCAUUCUUGGAUUUUUUCAAGAUUUGACAGACAUGGUUAUUUUUCCUCAAAGAUCCUAGGAUUUAAAUAGAUAUUUAUUUUAUCGCUAUAAUUUUCAGGUCAUUUAUAAAAAGAAAAAGAGUAAAAGAAAGCCUGUCAAGACACAGGGAAAUGGAGGUACAACUGUCAGUACAUAUAACAUUUCUCACUGAAUAAAUAUUGUAAAAAAGGAUGUUGUUCAUGAUUUGAGGUGCUGUUCUAUUACAGCUUCAACUGUGGCUUGGGCUACCCUUACUCCUGAGGACUUGUGGAAAUUAAUUGAGGAGGAAACAAAAAAGAACUUUGGAUUUGAACUUGCAUGGUAUGGCUUUAAGUAGCAUUCAUUUCUCUUGAAUUUCUAACAGCUGGUGUAAUGUAUGAUGUUUUCAUUAAGUGAAAUGAAUUUUUGUGUGGUUGAUUGCAGUAAAAAUAGUGAUGGAGCAUUCCUGAAGUAUCGCAUUCACAGAAUUUCAUUGCUCAGGUCUUUCUGUUUAAGAACAGGUAAUACAUGUCCACAUUACUGGUAAUAUUUUACUUGUCUGCAUGGCCUAGUGUAUGCCAUAAGGAAUAAAUGUGAAUAUGUGUCAUUAGCUUGUUUACAGAUAGUUAGUGUGUUGUCGAAUGAAUGAACAGUCAUUUGAAACAUCUCAACUUGUAAUGCAGCCUGGGACCAGGCUCAGCUGUGGGGAAAGAGGCAAAAAACAUUGGCAAGAGACUGAGUGAAAAAAAUCAGAGAUCAACCCCCUCCCCAGUCCACCACUUGGCUAGCUUUGCUCUCCAAUUCCAAUGUCAUGCCAACAGUGAAUGUUAAUGCUUGAUGAUGAUAAGCAAUGAAACAUUGGGUUAAUUAUCACAUUCGGAGUCUCUAUCAUGAGAAAAACAGUCAACAAUGGCAACAUUUGAAUUGGCUCCAAAACGUUGCAUUUAAACUCCCAACAUUGAUAUUAACUAUAGCGAAUUAACUCAUCAUUAUGUUUUUGUUUACGUUUCAUUAACAGGUGUUCAGGUCUUGCUGCGGGAAUAUGACUUUGAAAGUAGGAAAUACCCAACGUUUACUGAAGAUGACAUCAUGAACCUGUUUCCAGUAGUUAAACAUACCAAUCCUAAGGUACUUUUGAUCUUUGUGUAAUGCUUUGCCAUUAUAAAAACUUUUUUAAACAUAAAUGUAUUGUUUGCAAAUUUUGCCCUAAGAGUAACAAGGCUUGAUAAGUGAAUGAGCAUUCAUGACUAAGAGCAAUAAAUAGCACCAAGUCAGAAAUGGUAGAAAAUAAAGACCAUUCAAUCCCUGAAACUACAACAAGAACCAAGAGAGGGAAAAAUAGUCAAAACACACAACAUUUUAGUCAGAUUAGUCAAAAUACUUUUUUCACAGCUUUAACUGGCGGUAUCAAUGUUGAUCUCUUGCUAUGACAACUAACAGUUUGGUAUUUUUUUUUACCAGGCAUAUGAUGCUUCAGCCAUAUUUGAAGCAGCUCAAGGCCGUCUUCAAGGAGGUAGGUUUUACUUGAGAACCAAAUAAGUAUCCACAAAACACAGCCUUAGUGUGAUUCCUCUUUACCAUAAAAUGAAGUCCUUGGUGCAUUGAACUAUUUUUUUUACCCCAGAAAUAGUAAAAAAUUGAUUUGGAAAAGAACCUUGAUAUAAUGAAACCUUGUUAUAGCAAACAUUGUUUGCCAGUCUCUUGGCCCUUUGUUAUAUUGAAGUUCAACUGUAACUCAUAACCAACUCUGCAUCUCAUUUCUAUUCUGAUUUGCACCAGGUCUUAUUGGAGAAGCUCAUGAACUCAUGGUAGAAGCUUUAAAUCUUUUUCAUCAAGUGUAUGGCCCCUUGCAUGCUGACAUUGCCACAUGUUACAGGUAGAGUUCCACCCCACACUACAGUGAACACUAAGCCACACCACUUGGGACCACAAGGUGUAGACUGCUUGUAGUUGGCCUUUUUUCUUAGAUCCAUUGAGUUCUCAGUUACAGUGACUGCGUCAGAACAACAGCGUUUUUAGCCAAAAGGAACUGGGACUAGGACAUGAUGACAAAAGAUGUGACGAAAAGACUUAUUCUUUCUUUCUUUCCCGGCAAAAUACACCCCUAUUUCUUCUGACUUUGCUACUCACACAUGCUACCCUGCUUGUAUUCAAGAAAGUUGGCGACUGUUCACAGUCUGCACCACAAAGUUGUCCUUGAUGAAUGAUUUUAAAGAACUAGAAAUCUGGAACCCCAUGAAACCAAAGGUGGCAAUAAUAGUUGUGUGCAUAUAAUCUAAGAUUUUUCUUGUCACUCAGAGGCAAAAGUUAAGUUGCUGGGGGAGGGGGGUGGGGUAUCAGGCAUUCCUGAGAUCAACUGUAGCCCACUGCCAAAGUCAGAGUGUACUUCAAAUUUAUGUCGUUUGUUGGUGAGUUAAUUACGAUAAGCAUAUAUAACUCUUGUAGUAGGCUGUUCACAGUCCCCUUUUUUUUCUGUGAGAUCGUCGAGAUCGGGCACUUUGCGUUACAGGCUGCCAUCUUUCAUGAGUGUUAAAACUACUUAGGGAGCGGGGCAUUAACGGCAAGACGCGCUAUUUCUCGACGAUCUCAUGAAAAAAUAGGGGACUGUAAACAGUCUACUCUUGUAGGGCCCACACAAAAGUGUUAGCAGUUAUUUUCAAGCAAAAUGCUUGUUCCUAGAUCCUAUGAAGUAAAAUUUUGAAACUAAAAAACUGCAGUGUCAAGUUUGGAUUGUUUGUUAACUUUACGUUUAAGGUACAUUAUUAUUCACAAUACAAAGUAGAAGAAAAAAUAGAGGGAUUAAUUUUUAUAUUCCUGUGCCCAGUUGUUCGGUUUAGUGCUAAGCCUGGGUCAAAUUUUAGUUGGGGUUUCUUUUUCUUUUGUUCAAAAGCAUUUCCUUCCCUGGAUAACUUUUUCUAUUUUUUUAGCAUAUCCAAUCAUUAAACUUUAGAGGAAAAGAAUUAAACUGAAUUUUCCUUUUUAAGCCUUCGUCUGAAGUUUAGUUUUGCUUUAAACCCAGCCAUGAUGAUUUAUGAAUGUGAUUUUUUUUUAAAUUAACAGGGCAGUUGCCAGAUUACAUUACUUAGCAGAAGAUGCUAUCCAGGUAACAACAUCACUUCUUUUAAAUUUGCUUAAUAUUUGUAUGUGGCUGCCUGAACAAUUUAAUAAAUAACAUUCUUAGUAUGACUGUAAGUUUUUUAUUCUUUAGUUGUUACUUUGCAAAACCUAACGGUUAGGUUUUGCGCAGUCUUGUGUAUUCUUAAUUUAAUAUUUAAAUUUGCUUAUUCAUUGUGGCUGCCUGAAGAUUUUAAAGACAUUCUUGGUAUGGCUGUAAGUUACCAGAUCAGGAUUAGUGAUCCAAGAUCACUUUGAUCAUAUAGUUCAUCAAAGGACCCAAUGAAUACACUCUGAGAAAGGGUUCAUCGAUUCCUAUAUUUGAUGUGUUAUGAUCAGAGUGAUAUCAGAUCCCUGAUCUUGAUCCAGAUUAUCCCAAUAAAAUACACCUUUUAUGUUUCAAUUUGCUGAUUUACAUUGGCUGCUUGAAGAAUGUAAUAAUUAAUGUCAUGCUUUGGUAUAUACCUGUAAGUUUUUUGAUUUUUGUUGUAUUUUUGCAUAUUCUUGGAUGUUCCUGUUAAUUGAAAUUUAGUAUAUUGUAUUAUGUUCCAGGCUGUAAGUUACCAGAAAAAAGCUGUGAUUGUUUGCGAGAGAAUCUUUGGUGUGGACCACCCAGAUACAAUCAUCGCUUAUGUAAGUUCUAGUUAUCAUGAAGGCUCUGCAUUAAGUCCCCGUUCAUACGUACCGGGAUGUUGUUGAAAACGGGGAUUUUUUAAAUCUGUCUCAGCCUUCUGUUAUUUCACACAUAAAGGGUGUUUUUGGCCACCAAGAACACACUAGGCUUUCAAAAGAAGUUUCCAGAAUGGAGUUUUUUUUAAAUGUCAGCGUACCAUUUUUGUGUGGAUGGAUGAAAACAGAGGUUUUCAAAUACUAAUGUUCUCAUGCGUGGUACAGGUUUUCAAAAAUGAUCCCCAGAAUGGAGUUUUUAUGAAAAUGUCAGCUUACCAUUGUUUGUGACAAAAUUAGAGAGAGAAGACAGUGUUUGUCAAAGUCUCUAUGUUCUUGGCAGGUUCAUCUUGCACUGUACUGCCACAAUGCCGGCAUGGCUUCUGUGGCUCUUAAACUCAUGUAUCGUGCAAGAUAUUUGGCUGUGUUGGUGUAUGGAGAAGGACAUCCUGAUAUGGCCACCUUUGAUGUAAGUAGAGUGUUAUGAUGAAAUCAGAAACCCAGUAUAGUAGAUAGAAGGUUUUUGUGAAAAGGUGCCAGUUAUACUUUGAAAUCCUGAUUGUCAUGCUGGCUUUAUUUUUCAGAAAGUGUUUAGUUUCUUAAAUUAUUCUGUUCUUUCCAUGGUCUUUUAAAAUCUACAGUCGAACCUCCACUAACAACCACCUCUCCGUAAGUGCCACUUUUUUUUGUCCCGGUGGACAGUCCAUACAUUGACUCUUGUUUAAACCUUUCUACAACGGCCACUUCUCCAUAACGGCAACGGCCACUAAAAGAUGUCCCCUACUGCCAAAAUAACCUCUUAAUAACGGACUCUUUUUUAGUGACUGAAGAAAAAGUCAAAAUGGACAUGAAAUUUACUCCAUAAGGCGCAUUUGGUGAUUAAUUGCGGCAAUCGUAUUUUGAUUGUGUUCCAUUUAUACUGCCUCAGUAAGCAAGAGUUGUCCACGAUUCUUGUUCAUUUUGUCAGGUUAACAUCUUGAUUUAAAUUAUUAAUCAAGUUUUUUGUGUAUUUUAUCUCUCUCUAACAUUAUGGGAUACAGUAAGUGUGAACUUGGCACAAUAAACAUGUUGUACUACCUAAAAAAAUUUCAUACUACAUCCCUACCUCCCCAUAAUGGCUACCUCUUCACAAUGGUCGCUUUUUUCUGUCCCCAAGGUGGUCAUUGUGGAGAGGUUCGACUGUACUAUCAAAAUUAAUUAAUUGUUGUUUGAAUAUCAGAGCAAUAUCGGCCUUAUCCUACAUGGGCAGAGAGAGUUCAAAAUCUCGGAAAAGUUCUUAGAAAAAGCACUGGAUGUGCAGCUGAAGUAAGUGAAACUUUAAGACAAACUUCAACACUCUCCAUCUUGAAUAAUUUACUAGUUUGCAUGAAAGUGCAGUAUAGUGCGUUUUCACUCACGUGGCCAGCAUCCAUGCUAAUUUAUUGGAAUAAAAGAAAGUUUUCACAUAAGAAAAGAGUUCAACUCCCGCAGGAUUGGUUUGGGACACUAACAUGGCCGCCAUUUCAUUGUUUUGGGACACCAAUAUGUCCGCCGUGAUGUCAUGUAAAAACGCUCUGUUGCUCCUGAUGUACUAAGUUUUUCAUAUCUUCUAGGUACCAUGGCCCAGAGAGUGUCCAUACAGCCAUGAGGUAUUUUUUGUUUGUAUUUCCUUUUCUGUACUUAAAAAGAUAUAGCUCUGUUAAAGUUGGAGCCGAUGUCCAUUAUUUCUUUUUCAUAUAGUUGUUAUCAGGGUAUUCAAUCUCAUAUAUUUGGCAGGGCAUAAUAUUAUUGUAUAGCAAUGUCAGGUCAUCAAAACAGAUUAUCCUCAUGCUUUUUAACUCCUCUGCCCUGUUUUAUUCUAAUAAAAGUGAUAGUGAUGAUGAUGAUGAUAAUGAUAGUAAACUCAAUUGAAACUUUAUUUCUGUUUUUGAAUGCACAGUUGUAAAUCUCGCUAUGUAUAGGCAAUUUACAAGUGGCUGCUUGAGAUUGAAUUAUUCAAAAAAAAAUUAAAACAAAUAAAAACAAAACACAAAACAAAACAAAACAAAAAAAAUCCAAAUUUUAUUAAGUCUGGGCUAUCCCAAUUCCUAUUUCUACAACAAAAGAUGAAAUAUGUUGAUCUAACGGCUACAUUUAUCAAGUAAAUCUUCAUUGAUUGGUUGUCAUUUGGUAUUACCGGUAUAAUCUUCCUUGUUAUUUUUGUUUUAGCUUCCAUCUUGUUGCAAGAGCUAAGGCCUGUGUGAAUGACUAUCGGGCUGCGCUCAAUGCAGAGAAGACUGCCUUUAGCAUUUACAGCAGCAAGGUAAAAAAACAACGUGAGCUCAGUAUCAUAAUAUAUUUUUCUUGGUCAGAAUUUGACAAGCAUGUUCAUUUUGUCUGUAUUAAUUUCUAGCCUCAUGAAAAUGAUUGUUUAUGACUGAGAAUCUGCAAAUUGUUAUGUAACAUAAGGGAAGUGCAAGUUAAACUUUCUUUGAUGUGAUUGUUUUCAACACUUAACACACUGGACAGAACAAAUGCAGGUCCAGAAUAGUUGACAGAUUUGUGCCAACACUCCUUGUUUAUCUGCGAUUCUCCCGGAUACGGCACCAAUAUCUUGGUUUCCCAUAUGGGUCACCAAAUCUCCCAGAUAAAUCAAUAGACUUUUAACGGUUUCUGUUUCUUAGUAUGGAAUGUAGCCCACUUUCUCCAAAACAUUUGAAGAAAAUUUGAUUCAUGAUGCCGAUAUUGUCAUUUCUGCAAGUAUUGUCUCGCUGACUGGCCCUUACAUUAUUACACUACAAUGCAUUAAUCAAGGGUUGGGGGGGGGGGGGAAGAGGGGGGAUUUCCCCUGGCUUUUAUGAGCAGAACCCCAGACAACUUUCAUGGAAAACAAAAGGAAAGUAGAACCAAAUCCCCGCCUUAUAAUUGCAUAAACCUGGCAACUCGAAAUCUUAGUAAAGCCGUGCAUCAAUCAAUAUUUAUUUACAUUAUUCUGUCUUAAGUUUGGUGAGGCAGACAGUCGCACAAAGGAAAGCUCAGAAUAUCUCAAACACUGCACCCAGCAAGCUGUUCUCAUACAGAAAAAGGUAUGUAUUGUCUCAUCUUGUACCGCACAUCCUUUAUAAUGGUGAGAUUGCAAGCUUGUGGUGUUUUGUGAACGGUUUGAACCCAGGAGACAUUCUGUAAGUAGGUUAGGCAUUAUCAUCCUGGUGAAGGUAGUCCUGAAUAGGACUGUUGUUGACAGUGACGGACGUUUCGACAACCUGUGCGGUAGUGAAUGGUGUUAAGACGGAAUCCAUCAGGAAAUUGAGUAAUUUCAAUUAUCAGUGGACAAAGACCUUGUACCAGAAUAAUUUAAACAAUAUCGCAUUCUUUUUUACAUUUUUCAAGGGCUGUAGAUGUAAUUACAGUCGACUCUAGAUAACUCGAACCUUCAAGGGAAAUCGUAAAAAGUUCGAGUUAUCGGUAGUUCGAGUUAUCGGGAGCUCGAAAAAAAUAGCCGAGAGUAAGGUAAAAAACAGUUUUUACUGCACAGUGAACAUUUAAUUUAAUUUAACAUUUAAUCACAUUUAAUUGUAGAAAUGUCAAGUGAAAAUUAAAAGAUACUCCUAGAUUAUAAAUCAGAACGUAACAUAACAAACCAUAGCCUAAAUAGAGCAUGCGUUUUACUGUUUUGAGAAGUAAAGCUGCUUCACGUUAGCCUGUGACAAUCAAUAUCAGCCUCCACUAGUAAACUAUACUCCUACAACACGUCAAUAGGAAGUCGAAAAUUCAAUGUUUCGGACGCCAGUAGACGGCUUUUUUCCCGACUUUUUAAGGGCUCAAAACAUGGUUCGAGUUAUCGAGGGUAAAAUUAUAUAGAAAAUGACCUGAGGGGAACGAAAAUUGGUUCGAGUUAGCGGGAGUUCGAGUUAUCGAGGGUUCGACUUACCGGAGGUAAAAUUACAGUGAAUGUAUGACGGAAAUCCAGGGGAAAUCGAUUUUGGUUCGAGUUAGCGCGAGGUUCGAGUUAGCGAGGGUUCGAGUUAUCGGGAGUCGACUGUAGUUAUCUGUAAUAACACCAAAGACUAUUUCUCAUCAUGGGGGCCCGAGAAAAUAAAUGUAAAUUUCAUGUGUAAGGUGUCAUUUUGUGAAAUGACCUGACUGGUCAGUUAGUUGCGAUGUUAUUGGUCGUCUGUCAGUUAAGCCAUGACGUUAUUUCAGGCUGUGAAGACUUGAAAUGUCAUUGGUGCAUUUUGAUUCGUCCGUAUUGAUUGUCACAGUUUAAGAUGAUCUUUUUUCAUGUUUCUAGCUGAAUGAAAUUGCGGGAAAAGGGAUAUCCAAAGAUGCAGAUAAUAAGAAAACAUCAGGGGUGAGUUACCUAUUGACUUUCAUUUUUGCUGUUGGGCCAAAAAAUAUUACAUUGUCAAAAGAAAAAUACUCUUCUCGUGCUAAUCUGUUACUUGUGACGAUUUUCACAUCUUAAGCAAAAAAACACAAAAGACCAUUAAAUAACUUUUUGUAAAGAGAGAAACAAUGCAUAUCAAGGAAAAAUUAGCAAGAAUAGAUAAAGCUCAAGAAAUUCACAGCAAGUCAGUUUUUAGAAUCAUAUCUUAAAAGUAGUGAUGGAUAUGGCCACAAAAAUUAUAACGAUUUGUAUCGGAAGAUCAGUUCUUGGCACCCCAGUAUCGCAGUGGUUUUCCAUACAACUCCCUAUAAUUUUUGCAAUUUUCAAACCAUUAUUAAAUCUCUCCUCUAUUCUUUGAAGGCGUCAACUUUUCUAAUGUGUUUAAGGUUGAGAUCUUUCAAACCAGACCAGAAAGAACACUAUUCAGUCAAGGACACCAGAGAAAAUGGAAAAAAACCAUGUAAUAUUGACCUGAAAUUUUCCUAAAAACUGUCCCCACCAAAAUGAAGUCUACUAAAUACCCAGCAAAAGAAAAGAAGAGGGAGGAAAGAAAGCGAAAAGUAAAAGUCAAGACUGCUGUGUCACUUUUAAACCCCCAAACUUUGCUUUCUGCGCAUACCCAAACUUCACAAGCUAAUAUUUUGCAUCUGGAUCGGAAGGCCGCGAAGUGUUCGACCUGUAAAUGGCUUUAUGGUACGUUUUCGCUCUUUAUAGCACAACAGUGACCAGAAAACAGCUCGACUAGCUUCAAGACGCGUUCUUUGGCAAAAUGUCUAGGGGCGAAUGGGUUAAUGUAAACUAUUCAAAGCUUUAUAAUUUUCACAAAUUGAAAACAUGCAGCGUGUUUCAUCUAGAAAAGACUUCAAUUUUCCGGCCAGUUCUACUAAGAUGGUAAGAUUGUGCAGAAAUGGAAAGGCCUAGUUGCCACCGUGUUAAAAUUUCUGUUACUAAUCUCUUUUAAAAAACAAAAGGUGCAUAAUCUUAGGAGAGCUAGGAGAACAUAAAUUCACUCUUCCCAAGUUAGCUGACAAAGUUGUUUGUGAUUAUUAAAACUGAUGACGUCACAAGCGGUAGAAGGGACGUGGAUCGGCAUGGCGGCUCAGGGGCGAAUGGGUUAAGUUAUACUAAGAUAAAUGUUAAUUGUCACAUGACCAAGAUUCCUCUUAGUGAGUGACUGCAGUGCUUAUCAGUUUAAUCCAAUUUCUUAAGGUUUCCACAGUGAGGCCUGAUGAGGAGAACAUUUCUCAGCUGAUGGGUUACAUAAGUGGUCUUCAAGGGGUACUUCCCUCAAGCACUUCACCUGUCAAGUAAGCCAUUGAAGGUUUUAACUGUUAAGCUAGUCCAAGAGUAUGGGGAAAGCAAGUAAAGUAGUGGUUAGAGCACUCACCCUCUACUAAUAUGACCUGGGUUCGAGUCCCCACACUGGCACCUUAUGUGGGUUGAGUUUGAUCUCUCCCUCGCUCUGAUAGCUUUUUCUGCGGCUACAGAUGUACUCCGCCUGGGUUUCCACUCUCCUAAAAAACCAACAAGUUCCACGGGGCUUGUCAAACCUCGUCGUAAUGGGGGAGUAACAUGGAUUACUGGCGGAGUUUUAGGAUCAAGAUCUCAUGCCGUGAUGCGUACACGAGAAAUCAUUAUAUUUGGAGGCGCCCGACAAAUUUAAUGUGUACGAUAAUUUAUCUUUGUUGUCGACAAUAAGUGCUUUAAAGUGCUAUAGCUCUAAGCAGUGACAUUUUUGGAAAUAUAUUAUGCCUGGUUGGUGGGCCCAUGUUUUAGCAGUUAUUUAUCUUAAAAAUUUGACCUGCCAGAAACGAUACGCGACCGAGCUAAAAUGAAUUUGGUCGGUCAUCGGGUCCGGAGACUCUCCAGAUAUUAUUUCGAGCCCAGCUUUGGUGUGGCACUUGUUUUAGGGCAGCACCGAUCCUUUUGGGGCAUUGCUCAUUUGAAUAUUCAGUAGACACUUUUGAAGAGUGGUUUUUUUUUUUUUUAAACUAAUUUAAUUAUUCUAUUGUUUAAUAAUAUAUCUUUGCAUGUGUUGUAGGGAUACUUCAAUACAUGUUAAAACAAGUUCAAAACCUACAAAUGAAGAAGCACAAGCCUUGCAUCAUGGCAAACAAGAUGAAAUUUUGGAUGAGAUGGAUUAACUAAUAGUCUGUCAUUCUUCAAUUUUAUCUGGUGCUGUUAUUGCAAGAACAACAGAUAUUUCACAGCUUACAAGAGAUACUGUUGUGGAAGGGGCGAAAAAAGCAGAUAUUCCAUUCAUUGAGAGUGGAAGGGAAUCAAGAUUGACUACACGUGUGGUGAAUUUGUUGUGCCAGUGUACAACAGCAAAGUCUACAAUGGUCUCCGCAAGAUUCUGUUUAAAAUAUUUGGCAUUUCAUAACAAAAAUUAAUAAUUAUGGACCUUAUUUAAUGAGUGAAAGGCUCCAAUUGGAUAUUGUUGGAAUGUUUUGAUUUCUUAUUGGAAAAAAAGCGUGGAGUGAACCCUUAACGAUAUUGUUCGUUGUCGCCACUGUACUUUUGCAGGAAAUGCUUAAAUUUGUGCAGUGGGUAUUGUGCCUAUGUAUUCUGCACUCUAGUCACUUAUAAGGUCAUAUUAUUUAUGGCACUGAGUUUUUGCUUAUCUUUGAGGCGUUAAAAUUAAAUUAGAAUUAAUGGCCUCUUUGGAUGUGUUUUUACUAAAAAUAUGUAGGUUUCAUUUUUAUUGUCAUUGCACACAUUCGUCCAUUUCUCAGCUUUCAUUUUGGACAUUUACACCCAUCUAAGUAGUCUCAUGUAGGUUCUCGUAGGACUUCUCUUCAGUAGGAUAGGCAAAUUGUUAUUUAUUAAAAUUGAAUUUGAAUUGGCGCAAGUUCCGUUUGUAAACUGAUCUAGGAGUAACAAGAGUUCAGUUCAGGAAAAUUGACAUUGGACAAGUCUGACGUCUUUAACAUUACUUCUACAAAUUCUUGACUGCUUUGAUGCUGGCGUAUUUCGCUGCAAGCUGUUUUUGAGGCUGCAAUUUAAACCUUUUUUAACAUAGCCUCCUUGGCUAGUGCAGAAUGGGAGGGGUAGGGGGGGAAUUUUUAUUCCACUUGCUUUCCCCCUCCUCCCCCACCCCUUUUUGUUCCCGUUAUUCAGGCUACAAAAUACACCAUUCAUCAAACCACAGUUUUAAGCCUGGAAGAAGGUACUCAUAUAAGUUGUCAGGAAAAUUUGUGGAACGCAUGUUAAAGCUUUUAUACUUACCUUUGUCUUUACAAACUUUAUCAAUAAAUUCAACAAAAAACAAAACAAGUUGUUUAUUAAAUAGGAAGUCA